UCCUACUCCAUGUUACAAGGGAACUCCUGCAGAGAGAAUACUGCAGCUAUGGCGGAAGAUCUGGUGCUAGACACUGCAAUAAGAGAUUGGGUGUUGAUUCCUCUCUCGGUAGUUAUGGUUCUCAUUGGAGUCCUCCGUUACUUCGUCUCCAAGCUCAUGCGUUCUUAUCAAGUACCUGAUGCCAAGAUUGUUAAAGAAGGUCAAGUAAUUAUCAGGGCUCGGAAUUUGCGGUCUGGUGCUAAUUUUAUACCUCCCAAGUCGUUUCGUGCUCGAAGGGUUUAUUUCAGCAAUGAGGAAAAUGGAUUGUUAUUCGUUCCGAAAGGGCAAGCGCAAAAUGCACAAGCACAGAUGUUUUCUGAUCCAAAUAUGGCCAUGGAUAUGAUGAAGAAAAACCUUUCUAUGAUUAUACCUCAGACUCUUACUUUUGCCUGGGUCAACUUUUUCUUCUCUGGAUUUGUUGCAGCCAAGAUACCAUUUCCUCUGACUCAAAGGUUCAGAUCAAUGUUGCAAAAUGGGAUUGAUUUAAGUACUGUUGAUGUCAGUUAUGUCAGUAGUCGCUCAUGGUAUUUUCUUAAUUUAUUUGGAUUAAGGGGCUUAUUUAGUCUCAUUCUCGGUGAAGAAAAUGCUAUGGAUGAUACACAACGCAUGAUGCAAAUGAGUGGCUUUGGCUUUGAUCCAACAAAGAGCUUGAGUGCUGAGAAAGACAGUCUUGACAUAGUUCAGCACGAAUGGGCCCUUCCGCAAUUCGAGCACCGUGCCGAAGCAGUAUUGAGAAAACUUGUGAAUUGAGCAUAGCGAAAUAUGUUGCAAGUGGAAGCUAAAUGGUAUAUGCACAAUGCGGUUUCCGGUUCUUUCAUGCAUUUUUUAGUAGAAGUUCAUUGCUGCUUGAAGUCCACUACAAUUUAACAAUUAUAAGAAUGGCGAAUCUGUCAGUAUUGAGAUUGACUUCCCAGUUAACUGUAACCAUAGAGGAAAUUUUUGAUUUUGCAAGCUGUAAUGUUGUGUUAUCUUUUCUGGGAUUCAAUACUACACAUUGGCAAUGCAUUAAUGGUUUUAGGAUAUUGCCUUAAAGAUAUUUUUAUAAUAUUCUCUAUAAAAGAACAAAUAAAAUAAAAUUUG